AUGGCCAAGAACCUGGGCAGCAGCGGCGGCUCCGCCACCAUGCAGCGCUCCAAGCUGAGCAACAAGCAGGCCGUGCAGCAGGUGGGGCCCAAGCUGGACGACGGCAUGGGCGGCGGCGGCCUGGGCAAGGGCAUCUUCAACGGCGGCGGCGGCGAUGGUGACGGCGGCGACGACGACGACUACUUCAAUGAGUUUGGCGACGGGGACGGCGACGGCGACGGCGACGGCUUCUUCCGCAAGGUGUUCCAGGAGCUGUACGACGCCAAGGCCAUCAACGCGGUGCUGCAGGAGUGGUUCAAGACCAUGGCCGACAUGCCGCUCAUCCUGCGCCAGGCGGCGCAGAUGGGCCUCUUCUCCUCCGCUGCCCUCGUGCGCUUCCUGGCCAUGGAUGUGCGCCCCAACGUCACGCGCUUCGUCACGCGCUCGCUGCCGCCCGCGGUGUCUCGCGAGGUGGUGGGCCGCCUGAUGGCGGACCCCGCCUUCAUGCAGAAGCUGGUGCUGGAGCAGAUGAUCACCGUCUCCUCCUCGCUCAUCUACGAGGCCAAGGUCCGCGGCGACCGCUUCUGGCACGAGCUGGACCUGGUGGCCGCCAACGUGGUGUGCCUGUCGGCAGCCAACGCGGCGCUGGUGUACCUGGUGGCGCCCACGCGCGCGGCCCCCGCCCCCGCGCGCUUUGCCUGGCAGAACAUGCUGUCCAAGCUGCCCAACAACGUGUUUGAGGCCACCACGCCGCUGCGCGAGUACACCACCGGCAGCCGCGCCGCCGCCUUCUUCACCAAGAGCGCGGAGCUGUGCGGCGUGGGCAUGCUGGCGGGCGCGGCGCAGUCGUCGCUGGCGCAGGCCGCGGUGGCGGUGCGCCGCGCCUCCGACCCGGCCUACACCCCCUCCAUGCCCGUGCCCAGCGUGCAGCAGAGCGCGCUGGGCUUUGCGGCGGCGCAGGGCAUCUUUGGCAACCUGCGGUACCAGAUGGUGGCGGGCAUCGACCGCUACCUGUUUGACCACGCCUCCUUCCUCUGGUCCUACCUGGGCGCCUCGGGCGCCUUCCGCACCCUGUCCACCACCAUGGGCGACCAGACGCGGCGCUACCUGCAGGGCCUGCCCAACGGCGACGCGGUGCUGGCGGCGCGGGAGCGGCACGCAGCGGCCUACCGGGCGUGGGCCGCGCAGCAGGCGGCGGCCGCGCGGCGCGCCGGCGGCGUGGUGGUCCGCGAGGCGCCCGUCCCGGCCGCCGCCGCGCCGGCCAGCGGCGCCGGCGGCAGCAGCAGCAGCGGCGUGGGCAAGAAGAAGCGGCGCAGCAGGAAGGCGGGGAGCAGCGGGUUUGAGAUGGGCGUGGGGCCCGCAGCGGCGCCGGCCAUGGCGUGA